UAACGCAGACCAGUCCUGAAGCAACAACUUGCAUUAGAGAGAGAGAAGCGCAUUCCAAACAUCCUGGCAUUGUUGCUCAGUGCUACCAGAAGACUCUGCAUUUUGUCAGCGUCUUCACCAAACAGGACUAUAUCAUCUGCGUAUUCUAAGUCGAUAAGUGGACCUCCUGGAUGGAGAUCAAUACCCGAGAACUCAGUCGACGAGAAAGUUAUUUCCAUCAGUAGAUCUAUGAUGAAGUUAAACAAAAAUGGGGAAAGUGGACAGCCUUGACGGACACCACUUGAGGUUGCAAAAGUAGAUGACAGUUCGCCAUAAGCUCUGACUCGACUAGUAGUGUUCGAGUAAAGAGCCUUUACAAGGUUUAUGUACUUCUGGGGUACGCCUUUCAAUGACAGACACUGCCAACUCUAAAUUCACUCAUAUCUUAGUUCACUAACUGUGGAGAUAAUGUCAUUUAAUCUAGUAAAUGUAUUAGUUCCUUGCUGUGUACCGAAGGAACAGUAUAUUUUGUAUUUUUACGAUGUUGACUGUUAAGCAUGUAGUUUGGUAGUUAUUUCAUUCGAGCUUUUCACAGUUGCUUAAUCUGUUGUUAUGAACUAGUUAUUUGUUCCAUCCUGACUAAAGUUUUACAACUGGGUAUUAAUUCUGCAGGUUGACUUUUAUUUAUUUAUUUGAACACAUAAAUAUUGGUACAAGAGAGCGCCACACAAAACAAUGAGAAUUUGAAGAGAAAGAAAGAAAACAGUAAGGAGCGUGAAAAAAAAGAGAACAAUAACGAAGAGGUUGGUUUAAGGUAGUGUAGUAACAAUAAUAGUAAUAAUGAGGGAACGGAAAGGUACAAUCAGAAGAAAUCUUUCAGUUAAGGGGGACACAACCACUUUUUAUGAAUAAAGUAAAAGAAGGUUACAGCAGGAUCGCCACUGGCUUCUAUUCUGAGCCAUAUCUGAUAACGUCUCUAGCCACUGUGUAGCACCAUCUCUCGGACCCCAACCAGGGAGUCGUGAAGGACCAACACAAGCCAGUCCUUUGUAGCUUUCUUUCAUACCACGACACCAUGCCAUACAUUGACCACCUCUCCGCUUCUUCCAACCAGUCCCAGAGUCGGCAAAUAAUGCACGACAUGGAGUUCUCUGGGACGACAUUCGGAGAACAUGUCCAAGCCACCGAAGUCGGUGUUUCAAGAUGGUAACAUCGAUUGCAUUAUCUUCUCUGUGCCCCGAACACACGAUGCCGAACCUCUGCAUUACUGACAUGGUGCUGCCACUGGAUGUCAGCAAUCCUUCGGAGACAGCGAUGAUCGAACACAGAGAGUCUUCUAACGUCCUCAACUCGGAGAGGCCAGGUUUCACAAGCAUAGAGCAAAACUGCUCUCACCGACGCGUUGUAGAUCCGACCUUUUACAGUGCUGUCGUUCUUUGCUUUACUUUGUGAAUUUCCAGUACUAGCGAAAUAAUCUGAUCGUUACAUUUAGGUCAGACUAUUUGUUUUCGAGUUUUCAUUUUCACAUAAAUAGAGUGAAGACAUACUUUUGUUAAUAAUUAUCAGUACAGACUAUGAGUCGGACCAACUAACUAAACCGGUUCGAAAAUAAGUCUUAUAGUGAUGUUGGUUGUGGCUUACUCUGCCUACAAUCUAUUGGACCUAGUGUCACAGUUUGAAACCGUCACACAUCGGUAUAGUGUUUUACCAGCUUAUAUCUCGGAUUUAGUCUGUGUUAAAUGUCACUAUGACUUUUUAUGCUAGAACAAGUAUUUUAGUUCAGGAAGAAUGAUAAAACGGAUUUUCUCGUAAGCCUGAAAUCUGCCUGCUAACGGGCUCCCAUGUGUCAUGCACUAACGAUGAUAUUUUCUUAGUCCUUAGAAGGAAAAUCAAUUGAGAAGACUGUAAUUAUUGACUGAAGUUUUAAAAGAUUCAGAGUGGUGUGUGCUGGCUGUUGUAUUACCGAACAUCGUAAGUCAGCAACUACUUGUGGUGCAUUAAAGGCACCUCGUAGAGCACUGAUCACCGACCAACAAUCUCUAGCCUAUUUCGUACCUAAGUCUCCAGUACAGUUGUUGCCAAGUCUUAUUCACUCUUUUGAUGUCUACCAAUAUUUAUGUGUUCGAAUGAAUAAUAAAUAAAUAAAUAAAUAUCUACCUCCGAUUCCCGGUGCAAUGUAUUCUUUAGUCUGCUUCUCUUCCUUUUGCCAUGAGGAUUUCAAGUCAGGGUUUGAUUUGUGAUGCAGUUCUGAAAUUUUUGCAAUGUGUGUCCUAUUCACCUCCAGCAUCUUUAACUUAAAGCUGAUUUUUCUUCUACCAUAGUUGUUGCAGACAGUGUUUGGCCAACAGAUCUGGAUUAACUUGGUUAAAAACUUUAUAUGCAAUUAGUUCCCUUUAUGAAUUAUGAACCUUAUAAAUAACUGUAUCAUCUUGAUGGUGUUUGUGGUAGUAUCAUAUCUGUGCAGUAGGGACUGUCUUGACGUUUGUAUUGAAAGAUUCUUUAGAGUUAUUAGCAUACAAACUUUGUAUCUCAUUUUGUCUACCUAAUAAAGAUCGACAAUAUUUGUAUCAUAGUUUACUGUUUAUUCUAGAUAGAUCAUUAGAAAAUACUUAUGACUUUAUAAACAGUACUAAUUAUGUGUUUCGUCGAUUGAAUAUUGCUCCGUCUGGAUGUCUUUCAUAAUUUACUGCAACUUUCACUUUUCUACUUUCAUUUCAGACCAACUAUCAUUGUACCAUCCAAGUUACUAUUUUCAAUUUCUCUUCUAUCUUCAUUGAAAAAAUAUUAAAUCACCAAUAUUCUACUUGAAAUAAAAUGAGUAGACUUAAGUUUGUACUAUUUGCGCAUCGUUUAUUAUCUCCCAUGUAUAUUGUUGAUCGUACCCUUCAAAUUCCAGCUCAUUUAUUUGUAAAUAAGAUUAAUGUUUUCUCGACACAAAUAAAACGAUUUGCCGGUCAUGCUCACUGGCAAAAUGUGAAACAUAUCAAAGAAGCUGGUGAUCGUGAAAAAGCUCAAACUGCACUAUAUUACAUUAAGGCUGCACAGAAAGCAAUUAGAGAUGGUGGAGGAAUCCGUGAUCCAAAGAAAAAUUCAAAAUUAGCUGCAGUUUUAGCUGAGGCUAAAACAAAAUCUGUCCCCUUUUCUACCUUCGAUAAACUAUUAAGUACAGAUAAUCAAAUUGAACCGUAUAUAAUCGAAAUAAAGGCUCCUGGUGGAUUAUUUGUGAUUGUAGAAAGUCGAGCUAAACACGUUGCCAAUGAGCGUCAACGUGUCUGUUCUAUCGCAAAAAAAUAUGGUUUCUCUCUUGUUCCUGCUGGCGAUAUAGCUGAUAAGUUCUUCGAUCAUAUUGGUUUAGUCACUGUCUCUGCUAAAUCUAGUAAGCAGUUAUCAGAUUUAGAUGCGGCAACUAAUUUGGGCAUUGAAAUCGGAGCGAAAGAAGUUGAAUUAAGUUCUAGUGAAGAUCAGCGUUAUCAUUUUCAUUGUGAAGUGCAUGAAAUUGAAAAUUUACGUCAAUCCCUUGAAACUAUACAUCAUAUUCCAGUUAUUAAUACACAAGAUAUAUAUUCUCCUAAAAUAUUUGUUCCUAUUCAUCAUGAUGUACGUCAAACAUUAGAUGAAAUGUAUGAUAAAAUAAAAACUUCACUUGAAUAUGUUGAUAGAAUAUUUGAUAAUGUAAUCAUUAAUCAAUAAAUCAAUAUUUAUGUAUCUAUGUGAAAAAAAAUCAAUUGAACUCUAUAAAUGAACAUCGUUUCCUAUGAAUAAAACUUUUAUACAAAAAGAAAAAAAGAGAGAGAGAGGAAGAAUAGUUUAUUAUACAACAUUUUGUAUUGUACUUAUUUCCAGUUAUAUUUUAAAGAAAACAAACUUGGACUAGAUUGCUAAUGUGAAACAUUCAAUUGACUUUCAAUUCUUUCGUUAAGAUUUUACAAAUAUAUAUUCUUCCUCUUUAGAGUUGAAAAAUUCUCAUAAUUUUCUCUUUUGCUUUCUCUCUUCUUUGUACAUUAAUGUCAUUUAUAUUAAACAGAAUCAAUUAAAUAUCCUUAGAAAUGUCCUAGUAUGUUAGUUACCCCCCCCCCAAGUGACCGAUGAUGGGGAGAGUUAGCUUUUCCUCUCGAAAUGCUCUCACAUGGUCAUGCGUAUACAGCCACUGCUAGGGAAGUUCUACUCACUGCCUUCUUGAGGCAUUACUGUUGUUUACGAAAUUAAAAGGAUGAAACAGUGAAUGUAUGGCGCUUUAACCGGAUUGUUGGUACAAAGGGUCACCUAAUACAUAUGUGGUACACUGAACAUUCAUUCUGAAUUCAAUGAUUACCGAACAUAACCAAUAUCAGGUUAUCUAGUCCUUAAUGCUAUUUAAAUUCAAGCGAAUAGAUUGUAAUGUAAACCAAAUAUCUUGACGGUAACGUAGAUUCAAAUGUCACAGUAAUAUCAGUCCAUUAAAGAUUGUACAAUCAAAUUAUGCGUAGUCCAACGGCCCAUUCAAAGCAAGUAAGCCAAUCGACUGAUGAACAGGAAACUUGAAAAUAAUAUCAGCAAAAAGUAAAUUUCCUCCUCUGAAUUAUCUUCAUCAUUCCAAAAUAACAAUUAGAUGGAAUACUUUUGAACUUAAUUAGUCUGAUUUAUAAAAAGACAAAUAUACGACACGUGCAUACAAGUUGACUUAGUUCUAAUAUUCUAGUAUUUAUAAUCCCGAUCAAAUGAAGAAAAAUCUAAGGACCAAUACCUGGCCGGAAUUUCUAAAGAACUCAACCAAAUCUAAACACCAGCCAAUCGUUAUUCUCAAUCAAAACAGAGGCACUCGCAUACACAACAUUUGAGUUUGGACAAUAUUUACCGAUUAAGAUGAAUCCACUUCGUUUUCCACUAUUCUUUUUAUUUGUUUGUAACUAUUGUAUGAAUUAAAAUUAUUUCGACGCGCAAUUGUAGUUUUUUGGUCACUGUCAUUGAUUUCAUAAAAAAGCGGAUUUUCUUUUUUCAUCAUAUUUCAUAUGUCAAAGAGUAAGAAUCGCCAACACAUAGACAAUAGCUCAAACAUACUAGCUGGAAUGAGAACUCAACGUAAUACUAUAUAACUGAUUCCGACUCCUGAUCAUCCCAGUCUAUAAGAGAACGCGGAUACAACAAAACCAAAUUCUUAACAGUCCAUUCAUCUUUUCUUUUUUACGAUCACUAAUACUAUUGCUUUGCUUUGUAUAUUUAAUCACUGUACCGAUGUAAUAUAAUAGCCUGAGCUAAUGCGUGCUUGUGUUAGGCUCCAUAUUGGUUAUAACUGAUAUGAGUAUAUUGACACUAUUACUUACUUACUUACUUACUUACUUACUUACUUACUUACUUACUUACUUACUUACU